GCAAAGAAAUUGAUCAUCGAGAGACGUCGAAAACCGAAUAUUGAAUCAUUUUCUUCUAGAAGAUUGACGACCAAGCACAAACAAUUUAGCAAAACUUGAAUUCCAUGUGAUUAAAGCUGUUUGGUUGAGACUGAAACACAAAAUUAUACCUGAUUGAUCAAAAGUCUUGAUAUAUAGCUGAAAAACAACAAGCAAAAUGGCAAACAAAUUGGAGUUUUGCCUUUCUCUUCUGAUUUGCAUCAUGAAUAUCCACUUUGGGAUAGGGUCCAUAAGUGGUGGAGGAGGAGAUCAGGUUUUGCUGACAAAUGUACAGUCGUUGACCUUGUACAAUGGCCGAAUGACAAACUCACGACGAAGUGGUCCAGUGCCUCAGUUGAAAUGUGUAGGAGGAUCUGCUGGAUGUGGUGCCUUUGUUCCUCAGGUAGUCCAGUGUACAAACAAAGGCUCAGAUGGCUAUGAUGUUCAGUGGGAGUGUAAGACAGACAUGGACAAUGCCUACAGGUUUGGGAGAGUAGAAGUGACCUGUGAGGGAUAUGAUUAUCCAGAGGAUCCCUCUGUACUUCGAGGCUCUUGUGGUCUGGAAUACACUAUUGAUCUGACUGAGGAAGGGCAUCAGAGAAAGCAUCAGCAACAUCAUAAUUAUGGCAGCCAUUAUAAUAGUUACAAUGACGACUACCAUGACCGAUCAUCCUAUCAGUCUGGUUAUGGUAAGAAAGCCAGCUCUGUCCUGGGUGACCUCAUUCUGCUGUGUGCUAUAGGAGGGGUUGUGUACAUCAUCUAUAAGACCUGUAUUGUUGGCAGUCAACAGACAGAAAAUGGAUACCCCAACCAGAGACAGGACAAUCAGUGGGGUAGCAGUCAACCUCCACCCCCAGGCUUCAGACAGGAUUACAUGCCAGGUGGAGACUCCUGCUCUGGUUCAUCCUACUACUCUGGGGGCCACACCAACUACACUCGACCUGGUAAUAUGGGCGGAGGCUUCUGGACAGGUGCUGCCACUGGUGGCCUCCUUGGAUACAUGUUUGGGAACAGGGGCAACAAUUAUUACGGCAGCAGGACAUAUUCACCAUACACAGGCUCUUCCUUCUGGGGUCAGUCACGCACCCACCGUCCUUCUGCAUUCUCAGGGGGAUCCUCUUUCUCUUCAUUUGGAGGUGGCGGAAGCUCAGGUACCAGAACAGCCUCUGGGUUUGGUGGCACCAAACGCAGAUGAGUUCAUCAGUAUUUGAUUGUCAUGAAGAUAUAGAAUGUCUUUGGCAUUGUUGGAAUGUUUCAGAUUUAAAGAACGCCAAUUAAGAAACAAUCUGAACACAACUACUCAAAAGGGUAGAGAGGAGAAGAUUUGUUUUUCUGAAAGUCAAUUUUUUUUAACCCUUAAGACAUCAUUCUCUGUACGGCACCGUUUAACAGAUUAAACAUAUUCUUUUCAUCCUGCCGCAAGCCCAGGGACUCAUUUUCAAAACCAUUGGUUGGGCUUACUACACAAAGUGAAAUAGCACUGGUGUAUAAUUUUACCAAUUAUUUAUAUGGAUGGGCUUAUUACAAGGCAUGGGCUUAUAUAUAGCAAUAUUAGUUAAUCAGAGAAUGAUCCAAGAAUGGAAUAAUUAAGAUAUAAAUGAUGGAUUUGAAAGUGGAGAUUUUUUAAACAGCUGUUCUGUUCUUCAGUUUAAGUAAUAUGGUGUAAUUCAUUGCAGAUUUAAUUUUCAUGUUUUUUCCUUGUUGUAAUUGUCUUAAAGUCUCUGAUUACUUGGAAACAUUUAAACUUUAAAAUGUUAAUGCAAAAAUUGGUACCAUUGUAGACAAAGAAAAGCAUUUUUAUCAUAAUUCAUGUUUGUUUAUGCAUUCAUUUUUUUUUAAAUACACUGGUUUUGUUUCUGCAACAGAGAAAUGUUUUCUAAUGUUACUGAGGUACAGAAAUGUAUCCAUGUUACUGAGAUACACACAAGUAUCCUAAUGCUACAGAGAUACAAAAAGGUGUCCAUAUUACUGAAAUACAGAAAAGUAACUUAAUGUUACUGAGAUACAGAAAGGUGUCCAUGUGAAUGAGAUACAGAAAAGUAUCUUAAUGUUACUGAGAUACAGAAAAGUAUGCUAAUGAUACUGAGAUACAGAAAAGUGUCCAUGUCACUGAGAUACAAAGCUAAAUUAGCUGUUUUUAUCUGUAUCAUCUGAUUUUCACUUAUAUCGGAGUACACAAUAUCCAAUCAGUUCAUACGCAUUGGAAAAUAUAUGUUUGUAUAUGUAAAAUUAAUCUCAUUCCAUGAUUUUCUAUUUCAUUUUUUUUUGAUUGGUGUGAAUCUUGUAAAACCCUGUUAUUAUAUGCAAUGUUUGUACUGAUUUAUCAUGGACCCAUAACUGUGAUAUACAUGUAGUGAAAUCGAGUACUCUUUAUGUCAUAUAGUUUGUUGGAUGUUUAUGAAAUAGGUUUUAGAAAAUUUUAGAAACAUAAAACACUUUAAAAACCAUUUUCAGUAUUGUCUUGUAUACUGGUAAAUAUCUUUUUCAUAUUACAUAAAAUUUGUAGGGAGGGUUGAAUUUGAAACUUCCAUAUAUAUCAGUAUUUACUUGUAAAAUAUGUGUUGUAUGACUGUCUUUGGAAAAUAGCUGAUAUGUGGAAUGGUGCAAUGUUCCUGUGAGAAUCAUAUGAACCCCAACAGCCACCAAGAUUUUUACUUUGUCCCUGUGAUAGUCUUACAAGCCACCAACAUUGCUAUAAAAUUAGUAUUGCUUGUUGACAGUCCUGUAAGAUCUAUUGUGAUAGAAUAAUCAUUUCAAUCUACCACUGGAAUGUUACUGUCAUACAUCAGCCCUUGAUAUAUGUACAGCAGCUGUCAUAGUUUUUCAUGAAGAUUUCUGGGAAAGCUGUCUGUUGUUGGUCAAGUACAGUGUAUAGCUGGGAGUUACAGCAAACAACAUAUUUAAAGACAGCUGUGUUUUGAUAGAGCAAGCAGAUUUAAGGCCACAAUUGUGGAGACAAUAAGUGAUAUUGUAACAUGAGUAGGACCGUUAUUCUAUAAGUGUCAUGGAUCAGCCUUGAAUGAUUGUAGGAUCAAUGUUGGUCUUUCUUAGGAUUCUGAGUGACUUGGAUGACCCCUUAUUACAGAUAGCACAAAAUCUAGAAAUAGAAAAUGUCAUUUGCUAUAGCUUAACAGACCUACGAAAUAGCCUGAACGUAAAAUUACCGUAAAUGCUAAAAAAAGUUAAAACUUGAUAAAAGAGAUUUACAGCAGCAUUUUCAGUUGCAGAAUUUGUCAGUUUUGUACAACCAAUACAUGAAUAUUUCAUCAAUUUUCCAAAUUUUAUGUCGUAAAACUUAUAUUUUCAACAUAAUUAUUGAAAUUAGGGUACAAAAAUCUUGUAGUGGCAAUGUUGCAAGCCAAAUUACAGAUUGACCUUAACACUUGCACAAUUUAUAUAUGAAAGACUAUUAAUAAUAAUGUUUUCAUUUCAUUAAUGUAAUUUUUACAAAUAACUUUUUCUGUAAUGUACCAAACCAAUAAAGUUAUCACAAUACAUACCCAAAUGAUUUUAUAAUGUAACCAUGUGCAAUUAGGAACUGUUGAUCUUGACACUACAUUUUUGGUAUUUGUUUAUGCAUAAUUUCAUUGUCAUUCUAAUCAAUAUUUUACUUUUAAAAGACUUAAUACCAGUUUACUACCUGAUAAUAAAGUCGAAAGAAAAAUACCAUCCAGUGAAAUUGCCUAAGAAUGUGUCUGUGACAAACAGACAAUUUUUGUAGAAUGGCUGUUUUAAAGAAACAUGGUUUAGAGUUUAUGGCCUUAACUGACAAAGUGGAGUUAAAUACUCACAUUCUGUUAUCUUACUUAUCAAUAAAUUGUUUUUGGAUGAUUGCGUGUUUUGUAAUGAUCAGUCACCUACUCUGAAUAGAAAGUUAUUAUUAGUUAUCAGUAUUUGGUUUGAACUACAGCAAACAGCAGAUAUUUGGUUAAGAAUACUAGACCAUAUUUAGUUAAAGUUAAAAUUAAUCUUUACAUAUUGAUAUUGUUUGGAAAUACAAUGUGUUAAGGUAGAGUGUCCCACCAAUUUUCUAAUUUAUAAAAGUAUAUAUACAGCAAUUUAAAGGAGCUCUUCUUUGUGGAAGAUGCAACUCUGAGCAGUGGUACACUACACCUUAACAUAAAGUUUGAUAAACCUUAAUGAGAGUACAUGUUUGUUAAUUUUCUUAUUUUUCAAAUUUCUGUUGUAGUUAUCAUAGUAGUGUAUUCUGUGUCACAGUGUGCAAACAACAUCCUGCACUUGUCAUUAUUGGUAACACCUUAGAAAGCCUUUUUAAGUCAAUAAGUGUUUGAAGGGGGUCAUGUGUGCUAUUUUACCUGUGAUAUAUAUCAUAAAUGUGUUCUUCUUGAGAUACAUUAACUAGAACCAGUUGCCCCACUAAAUUUGGAAUUAAGUAAUAUAGUGUGUCACAACAGAAAGUGAUUUAUAGGUCUAUAUGUUGUGAUAGAAUAUGUACAAACUUAAUUGUUAAGGACUGAAAACUCCAUGUAUGUCACGUAAGCUGUGGCAAGGGGACGACCUGCAAGAAUGGCUAAACAUGUUGGUUACCAGCAGAAGAAAGAAGAGUAGAAUGAUCAGAAACUAACGACUAUAGGAGUUGCUCCUGUUAUUUUCUGUUUUACUUUAUUACAGACUGUGAGAAUGUCAUUGUACUUGUUGUUAUUGUUGAUAUUUUUCUUUCAUUUCAUAAUAAACAAU